GUCCCACUGGGUUUUCCUGGUAAGGUUUUAAUGAGGCAACAUCUAAAGCGUAUUACAAUCCAUGUAUGGUUAUGGCAUCCAAGGGGGAGUGUUAUAAAUCAUAUUGUGGAUGUCCAUAACCGGCCCGGUUCAUAACUGGUCCAAUGCUAGAGAGAGAGAGUCGACCGUGAGGGGAGAGAGAAAGAGAGAGAGAGAGAGAGAGAGAGAAUCGGCAUCUUGCUUUUUCCUUAUUAAAUUAUGAUUUGUAUUCUUUCCAUAUUUGUAUUUCCUUUCUUUAGUCUUUCCAUUAUUCUAUGACGGUGUAAUUCCCUAUAUAUAAAGGGCUCCUUAUGUUUAUGAAUAAUACAGAAACAUAGAUUAUAUUCUCUAGUUUCACAACAUAACUAAUCUUCUAGUUCCAUAAGAGUUUUUUUUUCUAAUAACCUAGGGGGUGUAUUGAAUCUGAAAUUUAAAGUGAUUUGAUUUUAGUGAAUUUUUAGAUGAUUUUAGGUGAAUAUUAUAAUUUGGUGUGAUUUUUGUUAAACAAUUCUAAAAUCUCAUCUAAAAACAUAGAAUUUGAAUUUUUAUUUUUAUAACCGAGAAAUCUCUCUCAAACAUCCUUAAAACAUUUAAAGCACUAUAAUAUCUCUAACUUAAAUUUUGUUCAAUAACAGUGUAUUUAGAGUGUUUUAUAAAAUGACAAGUUCAAUAACAUUGUAUUUUAAAGUGGUUUUUAAAAUCGUCGUUUGAACAUUUUGAUACAAAUCAUGUGAAACUUUUAGUUGAAUACACCCCCAGUGUAUUCGACGCGUCGAGUCCAACCGACUAACUUCUUAUAAGUUUGUCAACCAGUACCAAGCAUACUCAAAUUGCUCGCAGUGAAAAUUAAAUAUCCAUGAUUGGCCACGCAAACAGACAUAUCUGAAAUGGUAGGUUUCAAAUCCGAAAUGCUUACCACAUUUCCAAAAUAUAUAUUGGGGAUGAUUGGUUGGAUUAUAGCAAAUAAAUUUAUCUUUAAUUUUCAUCUACAACCAUAGAAAUUACCAAUCAUGCAUUAUGUAGUUUUUAAAGGUAAAACCACAAAUUUAAAGUAAUGGCUCUAAGAGCCUUCUUUUCUAAAGCAAAAAAAUAUUGAUGUAGAAUUUUUUUUUUAAUUUUUAUUAUUUUUUCAUUUAAUUUCCACAACUACGUUAGUUACAACUACAUCAAAAAAAUUUACAGACUAAAUUCUGCGGUAAAUUUUUAUAGUUACAGUUCAACCAAUCGUUCCCAUUGACUUGGACUUUUCAUAUGUUGCUUACAAACCUUACCAAACUAAUCAAAAGUAUAAACCGCGAAGUUUUGCGUUUUUCAUUUUUAAAAAGCCAAGUCAAUAUAUAGAACUAAUCUUAUACCUAAUUAGCAUACUUAUACUACUACAUUAGACGUGUCGUAUGCACUCGGCUAAAUUUAAAAUUUCUUAACAAUCAGUUUAAAAUUUUCACUACUAAUCUUCAGUACAUUAGGUUCAUGGACAUGGCGUAAAUUAUUGAAACUUCGUCCUUUGGCUUAUGAGUUUAUGCGAUUUGAUGUACAAGAUGGCUGUUCUACCUAUUUUUGGUUCGAUAACUGGCUUGGAUUGGGCAAGCUGCUGGAUCAAACGGGUGAACUAGGGAUAAGGUAUCUGGGGAUCGAGAGAGAAGCUACUGUCGCCGCAGCAGCUAGUGGUACUGGCUGGAGAGUUCGCAGUCGGGGACAGUGAAGGUUCCCUGAGAUAUAUGCGAAACUUGUAGCAGUCCAGGCUCUGGACUGUCUAUCAGGUAAUGAUAAAUUUCUUUGGAGGCAGGAUAAUCAGGAGUAUAAGCAUGGGUUCUCCUCUUCUCAAACUUGGAAUCAGAUUCGUACCAAGAAACAAAAGGUCCCCUGGAGAAAGCUUGUUUGGUUCUCUCAGGAAGUGCCUAGACAAUCGUUCAUGGUUUGGCUUGCGUUCAACAAUAGACUGUCUACGUGAGAUCGCAUGAGGACCUGGGGAAUAGAGCAAUGUUGCAUGUUUUAAGCUAGAUGGGCUUCCAACCUAAAACCAAUUGGUGAUAAGUGGAGUGACCCAUCUAUCUUAUAUAUUACUAAAGAUCCCUUUCAACUAUCGAUGUAGGACAUUUGUCCCUAAUAUGCCCCCUCGAGAUGAUGGCUCUUUAAGCGUCAAUCUCGGAAUGUUUGGGCAAGGAUCGAGGGCCAACUUUGGGCCGGGUCGAUGUGGAUCGGGUUGGACUGCGUGGACCGGGCUCUGAUACCAUUUUAAGCUAGAUGGGCUUCCAACCUAAAACCAAUUUGUGAUAAGUGGAGUGGCUUAUCUAUCUUAUAUAUUACUAAAGAUCCCUUUCAACUACCGAUGUAGGACAUUUGUCCCUAAUAGCAUGCUCUGUGGAGAGAAAAAUGAGACAAGGGACCAGCUUUACUUCGCAUGCCCUUACUCUUUCACCAUUUGGAUGAAUAUUGCAGAACGAAUCCUUGGCCAAGUAAUCUCACCUGAUUGGGAAGAAACGGUAACAGCUCUUAUGCACCCUAAUAGGACUCGCAUGGACACCAUUCUCUUGAGGCUGAACUUCCAUUGCACCAUUUAUGCAAUCUGGAUGGAGAGAAAUUCGAGACGACAUGGAGGAGUCUAGAUCUCAGCGGAUGAACUCACUCGCAGGAUUGGUAAACUGGUUCGGACGCAUAUCCUCACUACGCUACGUAUGGCCUCACCCGCUUGCUGGGCUCUUAAGAAGAUGGUUUGAACUUAAUUAAGAGCAAACCUUUUACAAUGCAUUUUUUCAUUCUUUGUCCUAGUUAGCCAAGCAUAGCUUCACAUAAUUCUUGUAAAUGUUCCUUACAUUGCUCAAUAAAUUUGAUAUUCAAUCAAAAAAAAAAUCUUCACUACUAAUAUUAAUAACCUCAAAUCAUGUGAAAAUACUUCUAACCAAAUCAAAAUUUAUGAUAAUGCUCUAUGUUAAAAGUUCUCAUAAAUCCAUCACUAGCCAGUCCUAACAUAAACAGUAAGCUUUCACCCAAAAAAAAAAUAUAUAAACAGUAAGCAAUCCACGUUAUUUCUUAAAAUUUAUUUUAUAUGUUUCUUUAGUAUCGCGGUUGAAAAUCCAAAUGCACCAGUCUGGACAUACCUCUGUCCAUAUCACAUGCAUGAAUCCGCGUUUCCCACCCAGCCAGCCCCAUGACAAAAAAUGUAAAACUUUGAUGAGCUCCAACUGUAUUCUCUGAGCAAAAGCAAACACGAAUAAAUAUUUAUUUUCGAAAAAAAGAAACAUGAAUAAAUAUUGGGUUAAUUUGCGUAAUAACUAAUUUUGGAGAUAAAAUUAAAGAUAUAUCAUUGAUUUUGACAUAAUUAAAUUUCCUAGCUUUGGUUUCAUUUUCUUCCGGUUAUAUCCUUCUUCUAUACAAGUUACUGGUAAAUAAAUGAUGUUGAAGUGUAUAAAAGAUGACAGUGAUUAUAAAAGUACAGCUGUGAUAAAAGAUAGAUAAAAUGAACAUGAUAAAUGGUAAUAAACGAAAUAACAUACUAGUAUAUAUUGUAUAAAUUUUGAAAUAUCUAUAAUUGCAGGAAAAGAGGUAAUGCUUACCCCAACGUCAACUCAAACCUUCCAUAAACUAAACCUAAAACACUAAUCACUAAACUCUAAAAGGACAUAUAAACCCUAACCCAAAUAUCAAAAAAUAUGCACAUAGUGCAUAAUAUGAAGCAUUAUCAAAAUAGAAUAGUAACAAACGAAAUAGCAUAAUCCAUAUUUUUCAAAUUUUGAAAUGUUUAUUAUUGGAGGAAGGAGAUAAUGUUUACCCCAACGUCAACCCAAACCUUCUAUAAACUAAACCCAAAACACUAAUCACUAAACCCUAAAAGGAAAUAUAAACCAUAACUCAAAUAUCAAAAUAUGCACAUAAUACAUAAUAUGAAGCAUUAUCAAAUAGAAUAGUAACAAACCAAAUAGCAUAAUACAUAUUUUUCAAAUUUUGAAAUGUUUAUUAUUGGAGGAAGGAGAUAAUGUUUACCCCAACGUCAACCCAAACCUUCUAUAAACUAAACCCAAAACACUAAUCACUAAACCCUAAAAGGAAAUAUAAACCAUAACUCAAAUAUCAAAAUAUGCACAUAAUACAUAAUAUGAAGCAUUAUCAAAUAGAAUAGUAACAAACCAAAUAGCAUAAUACAUAUUUUUCAAAUUUUGAAAUGUUUAUGAUUGGAGGAAGGAGGUAAUGCUUACCCCAACGUUAACUCAAAAUUUCCAUAAACUAAACCCAAAACACUAAUCACUAAACCCUAAAAAGAAAUAUAAACUCUAACCCAAAUAUCAAGAUAUGCAUAUAGUACAUAAUAUGAAACAUUAUCAAAUAGAAUAGUAACAAACGAAAUAGCAUAGUACAUAUUUUUUAAAUUUUCAAAUGUUUAUGAUUGCAGAAAGGAGGUAAUGCUUACCCCAACUUCAAUCCAAACCUUCUGUAAACUAAACCCAAAACGCUAAUCACUAAACCCUAAAAGAAAAUAUAAACCCUAACUCAAAUAUCAAAAUAUGCAUAUAAUACAUAAAAUAGUAACAAACGAAAUAACAUAGUAUAUAUUGUCUAUAUAGCAUAGUACAUCCAAGAACUUACGAUACAAACGAGGGCGCCUCAACCGUAACGCCGUUGUGAUCUGUAGAUUUUAUGGCUAUGGUGAUUGUGGUUCAGUGAUGAAUGUGAAUAUGAAUGAGGUGAGAAUAAUUAUGAAAAAGGGAUAUUGAUUAUAGAAAAAGAAAUAGUCUUUAAAGAGACGAUAAAUACAAAGCACAGUAGAGAAUUAGUGAUGAUCGUAUUUGUAACGGCGUCGGAAGGCAAGGUGGUAGAGAUGAAAGCAGAUUAAUAGAGGUUGUUAAUCGAAAAAGAAAAAUAUAUAUUUUCAUCUUUCAUUAACCGGUUACAGUAUUAUAGUAUAUAUUACAUAAAUAAUGGAAGUAUUUUUUUUUUGGUUAGAUAUUUAAUUAUGUUUUGUUUCGUGGCUAUCCAUUCUAAUUUUCCUCCCAGCUUGCAUUCUAACUAAAGACAUUAGCUUCGACCACACAUUUUAUUUUCUUUACAGCCGCGUAAACAAAUAAAAUAAAUAGUUAAAUUAUAAACUUUGAUGAGCUAAUAAAUCCUUUUUAAGCAGUGUGGAUUAAUCUCGUUGCCACGUUAAAUGGUCUUAAGAACUUGAUCUGGUCCUCGCUUCCGUCACGUGAUGGUUUCCCGCGUGUUAUUAAAAACUCAUAACGGUCUUUACCCACUCCCCUUCUGCCACGUGUUCAUUUUUAUUUUGCCCACUCAAAAAUGCACUCAAAAAUGCUACCAGAAUCUCUGAGGUUAGUGUGUUAAAUGCAAUUAACUCAAAACAUACUCUGCAAUUAAGUACUGUCUUACAUUAUCAAUUAACUUAAUGCAAAUGAAUAACUCUCAACAUGCAGCUGUUGGCAACAUUAGGUUCUGCAUUGCUUUGGACGCAAUACCAUCCUAGUUUAGGGAUAGUAUAUUACUAGUAUAUACUCUCUUUAAAAAGAUAUGACACUGAGUAAAGGAUAUACAAACCAUAUAGUUAAGUUCCCAGUUGUACUUCUUUUUCCUAAUAAGUAAUAGUUGUCCUCAGUAUAUGAUUCACGCAAGUAUUCUUAAAACUCAGACUAAGCGACGUAUGUUAUACUAAUAUUCGAGCAUCUUGAGCUUCCAACAACUGCUGUGACAAAGAAAACAUAUAGUAGUAAUCUAAGUGAAAGAUAAGAUAAAAAUAAUGCCAAAGUCACAUACACACACUUCAACAUACCCAAAACACACACACAUUUAAAUGCAUUCGUAUACUAUUAUCUCUCUCUAUAUAUAUAUAAGCUUCUUAUUACCCAUUUCAUAAAAAACUCAAACCUCUAAGAUCAUUUCUUUCACUCUCUGAUCUCACAACUACGCUGCUUUUAUUUGCUCUGUUCCAAUGAACGUUACUUGGACAAGAGGACCAACCAUCGGCCGUGGCUCCACCGCCACCGUCUCAAUAGCAACUUCAAACUCCGGUGAGAUCUUCGCCGUCAAAUCCGCCGACAUUUCUUCCUCAGCUUUCUUGCAGAAAGAGCAAUCCAUAUUGUCUACACUGAGCUCUCCUCACAUAGUCAAGUACAUAGGCUCUAGUCUAACGUGCGAGAACGACCGACUUGUCUACAACAUCCUUGUGGAGUACGUUUCCGGCGGGAGUCUUCACAGUUUAAUCAAGAACUCAGGCGGGAAGUUGCCGGAGCCGGCGAUCAGAUCGCACACGCGUCAGAUUCUCAAGGGACUGAAGUAUCUUCACGAGAGAGGGAUCGUUCACUGCGACGUGAAGAGCCAGAACGUGCUGGUUGGAGAAAACGGCGUCGUUUCAAAGAUCGCUGAUUUGGGUUGUGCUAAACCGGUUUUUAACUCGGGAUUUUCCGGUACGCCGGCGUUUAUGGCGCCGGAGGUUGCUCGUGGUGAAGAACAGAGGUUUCCGGCUGAUGUAUGGGCUUUAGGGUGUACGGUGAUCGAGAUGAUGACUGGAUCAAGCCCUUGGCCGGAGCUAACCGAAGCCGUUGCGGGGAUAUAUAAGAUUGGAUUCUCAGGCGAGUCGCCGGAGAUUCCUGAGGGGAUAUCGGAGAAAGGUAAGGACUUUGGGAUGAGGUGUUUGAAGGUUGAUCCGAAACAGAGAUGGACGGUGGAAGAGUUGCUUAAACACCCUUUUCUCGACGACGAAGAAUCUCAAUCUAUCGGUUACCUGCAGAACACGUCUUCUCCGAGCACUGUGUUGGAUCAACGGUUUUGGAGUUCAUGCGAAGCCUCGAAAGAUCACUCCUUUUCGAUGGAUCACGAAGACCCUUUUGCUGGUUACUCGGAUCCUUGGCGUUCGCCGGCUGAUCGGAUCGAGCGACUCGCCGGAGAUGAAGUUACUACCGCUCCCAUUUGGGAUCCUGCAGACGACGGCGAGUGGAUUCAAGUGAGGGGAAAUGUUACUGGAGAAGUCAAGAAACGCGUCGGCUAUGGCGGUGAAGACGUGAUUUGCGUUGAGGUAACGUCAUCGUCGCAAGUGAUUGAAGUAGUUGACUAUUGGAUACCGGAUCAAGAGAGCUUGCUGUCGGAAUAUUCCUCUCACGACGUCAUUGCUAGUUCUUACUGUAAUGUUACUAUUGAAGGAAAUGUAAUUUUAUUUUAUUAUUAUCACAGUGUUGGAGAUAGGAAUGUACUAAUAAAGAAAAUCUUUCGUAAUUAUAAUGGAACACGAAAAAACAUCUUAUCUGUCAAAUUGCAUUGACAAUAAGUCUUUGUGUUCUUGUUGGAUAUUAAGUAAAAAAGACAACUCUACAAUUAGGUAUGAGACUGACUAUAGUCUAUAGAAGAAGUCAAUAUGUAAUUUGGUCAAUUUAUCUACUAGUCAUUUUUAACACAAUGUGUUUACGUUAAAUCAGAGAAAACCCCGUUUGUGAACACAGACGACUCUUUCGGGUUACAGAAUCAAAACCGACUUUUACUUACUAGCACCAAAAACGUUUUGGUUUCUUUCUUUCCUUUUUUCUAAGACUAGCCACUCCCUUUCACAAAUCAAACACGUAACAACAACUCAUACACGCCGUUCUUUAUGGUUUUGUUUGCAAUAACGUUUGAAACUUUGAAUAUGAAUGUGUGUUUUUUUACAAUCUAAACAUGUUCAGUGAACUGUUUAAACGUAUAACUAGCAUCAUGUUAGGUGAAUAAGGCAGACUAGUUAACUUCCACCGUUUGAAAGUUUAGAAACACUUAUACUGUAAUACUGAUAUACACCGACACGGACGAUUGCGUCGGUCGAUAUAGUUGAUAUAUAGUUCUACUACUCUAGAGCCACCUUUCGAACAUUCCUACUUUGAGACCGAUACCUAACAAAACUAAUAUUAUAAGUCACUGCCGUGCAAUUUAUUAGGUAACGUCUCUACAAAUAAGUGCAACAUUAUAUUUUUUUGUUUUCUCCCGUACUUAUCCAAGGACAACAAUAUAACAAUAUCAUUGGCAUUAAAAAAACCUUUGGUCGACAAAAAUUCCAAAUCACUUUCACUGGUAUAAAAUGUGUUGUAUAGUACAAUUAUUAUCAUUUGUCUCUUUUAAAGCAUUUAAACAAUUAUCUAAACCAGGUGAUUUGUCAAACUCAAAACUUGACUUUGAUUGCAAAAGUAUACGCAAACUUGAAUUAAAUGCAAAACUAACAUACAAGUCUUGUGAAAUUACGGCCAGCCUCUUGUGGACAAACAAAAAAAACAUUAGUCAUUUUUACGAAUAUAGCCCCAGUAAGUCGUCUGAGAUGCUGGAAGUCUUCUAGACGACCUACA